CUGGUUGUCAUGGCGAGGACCAGGAGUCCGGAGCUCGGUGGUUUAACGGAGGAGACGAGGAGAUGCUGCAUGUGUUGAGAUGAGGAGCAGUCAGCAGUUUGAGGCUGUUUGAUGCUGUUAGAGUUAGAAGAUGAAGUUUAAGAAGUUCAUCACCAUCAUGCAGGCAGCCAUCGGCAUCGUACCGCUCAACAAACGGGAGCUGCUGCCGCCGGGCAGGAAGCUGUGGAGACCUCCGGGGGACCAGCCUGGACCUCAGGACCAGACCAGCACAGACCUCAUCAAGUGCAACCGCAAGUUCCGCUGGUCCAGAGAAGCCCAGUACCUUUACCUGCGCCGCCUCUCCUCCCGCAGCUACUCCGCCAUCAUGAUGAACCCGGUGAUGGAGGAGACGGUGUGGGAGCAGUACACCGUCACCCUGCAGAGGGACCCAAAGAUGGGCUUCGGUAUCGCGGUGUCGGGGGGCCGAGACAACCCCAACGAGGACAGCGGAGAGACGUCCAUCGUGGUGUCAGACGUGCUGCAGGGAGGACCAGCUGACGGCCUGUUGUUUGAGAAUGACAGGGUGAUCCAGGUGAACGCCAUCCCCAUGGAGGGCGCCAUCCACUCCUUCGCCGUCAACACCCUCAGGAAGUGCGGCAAAGUAGCAAAAAUCACAGUGAAGCGGCCCAGGAAGGUUCCUGUCAACAUGACGAACCGUCCUCCGUCUCCUGACGACAGAGUCUUCAACAACGACUACAACGACGACUACAACUACGACCAGGACCGCCGCAGCGUGUACAGCGCCCGGAGCGCCGCCGGCGGCAGGGAGCCCAGCCUGGAGAGGGAGCGCGGCUACAUGGAUUCUGGCUACCAGACGCGUGAACGAGAAUACGAUCGGGACUACGACCGGCGGGAACGCGGCCGGAGCGCGGAGAGAGAGCUGAGCCCGGACCGGUUCAGGAGGGACGGCAGCAGAGGGCGCACUUUGGACCGGGAACGCAGCCCGGAGCGCCGCGACUACAGCCCCGACAGACGCUACCGCAGCGAGCGCGCCCUGGACAGAGACCACAGUCCUGACCGGCGCUACCGCAGCGAGCGGGCCCUGGACCGCGGCGACUACAGCCCCGAUAGACGCUACCGUAGCGAGCGCACGCUGGACCGCACCAACAGCCCCGACCUGCGCUACGGCCGGGACGGCCACAGCCCGGCGCACGGCCGGGGCGGGGGGCGCGACCACAGCUUCGAACGGGGGCGGGAACGCAUCCACAGCGACCCCAGGAAGUACGAGGAACCGAUCAGGAGGAGCGGCAGCAGAGACCGCCUGGAGCGCUCGCCGUCUCCCGCCGCCAUGCCGAUCCCACUGCCCCGCCCCCCCCGAGACCUGGAGCCGCUGGAGAAACCGCUGAAUGUUCUGCUGCUGAAGAACCGGCCCAACGAAGAGUACGGCCUUCGUCUGGGCAGCCAGCUCUUCAUCAAAGAGAUGACCAGCACCGGGCUGGCCAGCAGAGACGGGAACCUGCAGGAAGGAGACAUCAUAUUAAAGAUCAACGGUACGGUGACGGAGAACCUGUCUCUGAGCGAUGCUGGGAGGCUGAUAGAGAAGUCCAGAGGGAAGCUGCAGCUGGUGGUGCAGAGAGACCAGAGGCAGGUUCUGAUCCGAGUCCCUCCGAUGGUGGACAGCGACUCGGAGCUCGAUGAUAUCUCAGAGAUCGAGUCGUACCGAUCGUACUCUCCUCAGGACGACAGGCGGACUCACCACUCAGACCUCUCCUCUCACUCCUCCAACGAGAGGCUCAGAGACAAACCACCCAGAGAGGAGCCCCCCUCCCGGCUGGCUAAGAUGGGCGCCAUGCCGACGCCGUUCAGGUUACCUGACAGAGCUGCAGAGGACACGCCCCCUUUACAGGCCGAGAGGGAGGAGCCUCGAGCAGAAACACCUCCAGCCCCGAGGGUCCACCAGGCUCCUCCUAAAGUCCCUCUGAAGCCCCCAGCAGAGGACCAGGACAUCUACGGGCCGAACACGGUGAUGGUGCGGUUCCAGAAGGGGGACAGUGUUGGUCUGAGGCUGGCGGGGGGCAACGACGUGGGGAUCUUCAUCGCUGGCGUCCAGGAGGACAGCGCCGCCGAGCAGGAGGGGCUCCACACCGGAGACCAGAUCAUGAAGGUGAACAACAUGGACUUCCGGGGCAUGGUGCGGGAGGACGCUGUCCUCUACCUGCUGGAGAUUCCUAAAGGAGAAGACGUGACCAUCCUGGCUCAGAGUAAACCUGAAGUGUAUAAAGACAUCCUGGCGUCUGGCCGAGGAGACUCUUUCUUCAUCAGGACUCACUUUGAGUAUGAGAAGGAGGCUCCUCAGAGCCUCCCCUUCUCCAGAGGAGAGAUCUUCAAAGUCACAGACACACUUUAUGACGGCAAACUGGGCAACUGGCUGGCAAUCCGCUCCGACAGAGACAACCAGCUGCAGGAGAAAGGGAUCAUCCCCAACAAGAGCAGAGCGGAGCAGAUGGCCAACGUCCAGAACGCUGCUCGGGCUGCUUCAGGAAACGACCGAGGAGACUUCUGGAGGCUGAGAGGUCAAAGGGCAGCCAAGAAGAAAGACUUACGCAAGAGCAGAGAGGACCUGAGUGCUGCUCCCGUCACCACCAAGUUCCCUGCUUACGAGAGGGUCGUCCUCCGAGAAGCUGGUUUCAGGAGACCUGUGGUCAUAUUUGGACCCAUUUCUGAUGCAGUGAAUGAAAAACUGGGCAACGACCUGCCGCACGAGUUCGUCGUCGCCAAAACGGAGCCCAAGGAUGCAGGAAGUGAGAAAUCCUCGGGAGUGGUGAGACUCAACACCAUCAGACAGAUCAUCGAACAGGACCGCCACGCUCUGCUGGACGUGACUCCCAAAGCCGUGGACACCCUGAACUACACCCAGUGGUACCCCAUCGUGGUCUUCCUGAACCCGGACAGCAAGCAGGGAGUCAAGACCAUGAGGAACCGGCUCGUCCCCGGGUCCACGCGCAGCGCACGGAAACUCUACGAGCAGGCCGUCAAGCUGAGGAAGACCUGCUCUCACCUGUUCACAGCGAGCGUGGACCUGAACUCGGCCAACGACGCGUGGUACGGCAGCGUGAAGGACUCGAUCCGGGAGCAGCAGGACAGAGCGGUGUGGGUGUGUGAGGGCAAGCUGGACGGCUCCGAGGAGGACCUGGAUCUCCAUGACGACCGCAUGUCCUACCUGUCGGCCAUGAGCGCAGACUACCUGAGCAUGGACAGCCGGCUGACCAGCGACUACGACGACACGGCGGACGAGGGCGGGGCUUACACCGACAACGAGCUGGACGAGACGCUGGACGAGCCCCAGCCGGUGUCGGCCAUCAGCCGCUCCUCAGAACCCGUCCUGCCAGACGAGAAGCCUCAUCCUGAACCCAGGGCUCGUAUGAGGAGGACAGGGAGCAGAGAGAUGCUGAACAGAGAGCCCAGCCCUCCUCCUCCUUUUGUCCCUGAACCCCCCAAGGUUCGGGCUCAGACUCGGACCGACUCGUCUCGGAGCUACGACUCUCACUCCAGCAGCACCAUCAGCAGCGACGCGGCGGCCGCCAACAAGCCGCCUCCCCCUCCGGUGGCCCUGAAGCCCAGCGGGCCCCGCCUCAGCCUGACCUCAGAGGACCAGGGGCCCCAGGGGCCCCGGGACCCAGAGGAGGACCCCGCCAACAAGUCCUUCCUGGGAAAGAUCAAAGCGUUUGAGAAGAUGGACCACCUGGCCCGAGCUCAGAGGCUCCUGGAGCUGCAGGAGGCAGAAAACGCUCGACUGGAAAUCGCUCAGAAGCAUCCAGACAUCUACGCCGUCCCAGUGAAGCUGCCAAAACCCAACCUCAACCGUCCUCAGCCAAUAGGGUCCAGCUCCCAGCCUGGGGACCAGCAGACCUCCAGGCCUGCGUUCUCUGAGUCCCGAGGCUUCGAGGAGGACGAGGCGGAGUACCGGCGCCAGCUGGCGGCGGAGCAGAGCAGGAGAGGAUACUACAACCCUCAGAAGUACAAAGACACCGAGCUCUAGGCCCCGCCCCCUCGUUGCCUUGGUAACAGCUCACGCAGCUUCAUGUCAACUCCUCGUCUGUAGUUUUUCAAUCCUGCCGCGUCACCAGUUUGUACAGAAACGCUCCGUCAAUAUUUUUAUAAACAGGAACAACAAAAGGCUGAUUUCACUGUAAAUAUUCUUUAAAAUGUGUCUGAGAGGUUUUAUUUUCCCCCUCAGCUGUGUUCAACAUCACAAACUAACUAAAAACAGCUUUAUUAGCAUUUAGCAUUAAAACAGCUGAACUACCAUGAGGAGGAGAAUGUGUUACAUCACAUUUAAUUUGAAUUUUGCUAAUUUAAUUUGAAUUUUGCUA